GCGGAUGCCUCCUUUAGGCUCCAGACUCGCCUCCUCAAUUUCUCCCUCCAUGAGUGACAACGAUGAUGAAAGCUUAUUUCAAGUGUGCUGAUGAGUCCUUGGAUAGGAGGCUCUAGCAAGAGAGCUGUGCCACUCGCCGGUCGCCAUCGCCAUCGCUGGAAGAGGCAGGAAGAGCUCCUCGCCAUCGCCACUCGCUGGUCGUAGUUCUUCUUCUUCUCCUUCUAAAUGGCUCCGACAGGAAGAGCUCCUCACCAUCGCCACUCGCCGGUCGCAAUUCUUCUUCUUCUCCAGGAUUUAUAGGGUUGUGACCCGUUUAACUUCGACCCGCUUACGAUUCGACCCACUUACGAUCCGACCCGUUUUAACCCCCCCGGUUGUACACCCGUUUUGCAGCCCCUAGCGAACAGGCUCGCUUCCCUCGCAAGUUAAUGACCGAUGAGAGAGGGGCACUGAGCGAUCGAGCGGCUUCUGUACUGUCGUCGAGAGUCGGAGUGAGUGAUAAUGGCGGUAGAUGAAGCCCCGUCCUCUCCCUCUCUGCCCCCUUCUUAUAUCAGUCAAGCUCGUCACUUCUACGUAGCCGUCGACAGACUCCAGUUCAAGAUGGAGACGCUCGUGGAUCUGCUGGGCGUCGCGGGACGGCGUCCCUGGCUGCCGACGGUGCUGUGUUGCAGCUCGCGUGACGAGCUCGAUGCCGUUUGCGCAGCUGUCUCCAACAUCCCUUUUAUUUCUUUAGCCUCUUUGUACAGUGACCUGGCUGAAGCAGAGCGUAUGUUGGUCUUAGAAAAUUUUCACAAAGCAACUUUAAGGUGGAACCAACAAGUCAGCGAUCAGUCGGGGGAUGAUGGUGAAACGGGAGAAGAGCAGAAGUCUCAUAUGAUCAUUGUAACAGAUGCUUGCCUUCCACUUCUAGCUUCAGGAGAGUCUCCUAUUUCUGCUCGUGUGCUGAUAAAUUAUGAGUUGCCAACAAAGAAGGAAACAUAUUCAAGGCGCAUGGCAGCUUGUUUGGCACCAGAUGGAGUAGUGAUCAACAUGGUUGUUGGUGGUGAAGUUGUCACCCUCAAAUGCAUUGAAGAAAGCAGCAAUCUUGUUAUCGCUGAGAUGCCCAUACAUAUUUCUGAGAUUUUGUGAGGAUGAUUGAAGGAUUUGAUUCCAGCAGAUGAAGUGUCUAUGAUAACUGGAUGCUGAUUUGAAUUAGGUGAAGAAAUCGUCUCGUGUCCGAACUGGGCGUACUUUUCAUUAUUUCACAAGCUCUAAUAUGUGUAGGUGGCACCAGCAAAGGAAAUGUUUAGAGCUUGUUCAGCUGCGGAAACCUGUUUUUCUUUUUCAUUUUUAGGUUUUCAAAUAUUGCAUAUUUGCACUUUGUUUUCAAGCAUUUGAAUUUGUAUAGGAAAGUUGAAAAACAUAUUUCUAUUGUUUUUUAAGUUUUAUUAUAAAUAUUGGAGAACUGAAAAACAAGGUGGCCAUUUUUGUAAUUAUUGGGAUACGUGAAAGUAGAAAAAGGAAAAAAUGUUCACUGAAA